GUCGCAAUGGACAAGCCAGCCACCGCCGCCAUCAACCCCUCCGCAGUACCGAGAGAAGACCUAGGAGAUUCGCUCAUCCCGACCUCGAAACAGAUCCGGAAGAGUUCAGCUCUUGAUAGAGAAGGAUGGUGGAGGGUAACAUUAACGAAUACUCCAAUACCUGGCACUUACCACAUAAAGACUUUUAUUGAAGAGUCCCUGUUAAAUCCAGUGAAAGCAACCUACAAUUUUAAAAACGAAGGGAGGAAAAAGAUACCUCUUGUGCAGAGAAAUGAUCCAAUCCCAACCGACCUCCCUCAGUACAAGCCUCCCGACUUCCUGGAGCUGUUGAAGAAGCAGAUGGCCUCCUACUCAUUCAAAGACCAGCCCCGGCCCAACCCCAGCACACUAGUUGACAAAGAUGAGUCACUCCAGCUUUGCCCAGGACAGUACGAGUUACUCCCUGCUCCUGUUUCCAAGAGUUCUUCCAGGAGCUUCGUAUUUCGUUCGGCGGUUCAAAGGUUCCCACCAAACUAUUUCACACCUCAUGAAGGCCCUGGACCAGGUGAAUAUAACUUGAAAGCACCCCCAGGAGGUUCCAUUACUUCUUGUUUUCGAUCUAAGGUCCCCCGAUUCUUGCCUGCUGGUUCAAAAACACCAGGUCCAGGAGCAUACACAGCUUCGAGACAGUUCCCUAAGCAGUCCCCAACCAUCGCCAAAAUGGGUAGAGAACACAGCCUCUUCUUCAAUAACACAAUUGGCUUUUAAAAUAAAGCAAUAUUAGUGCCAAGCUA